CGAGAUCCUGGAGCUUCACAACGGUGCCGGAGGAGCCAGAGAGACAAAGAGAGAGGCAGGUCUCCCCUCCCGAAGAACAUCACUACUACACUACACUUCCGCCAUGAGGACCUACAGAGGGCGCGAGAGGAUGUGGGCGGCUGCCAGCAGCACCGGGAUCGCGUUACGGGCGGCCUUACUCCUGGGCGUGUUCAUGGGCGUCAUCUACGCCAACCCGGGGCGUCCCGACUCUAUGUCCUUCAGCGACGUCCUCAGCCUUCUGGAGGAGCAAACGCAAGUCGGUGGUUCCGGAAAUAGAGAUGCAUCCGUCGAUUACCUCAGGCAUUCGGGAAACGUCAUCGUCUCGUGCAAGAGCCGAGGGCUGUGCAACUGCUAUAGCAAAGCUCUAAGGCGCUCCUUCUGCUGCGACUGCCUGAACGGGCCGUGCUUUCCCGCCGACGCGCGCGCGAACACUCCCCAGGGGGAGGUCAGGAUGGCUGACCUUAAUGUUGGGGAUAUGGUCCUCGCUGGAACUGAGAACGGAGAACCGGUCUGGAGUCCACUGGUGGCCUGGCUAGACCGAAGACCUGAGGAGGAAGCCCAGUACCUCUCCAUUUCUACCGAAGGGGGACCUCAGCUCACCCUCUCCUCCUCACACCUCCUCUUUACCUCCAACGACAACCAGUUGCUCCCGAGAUUUUCAGGGGAAUUAUCUGAAAACGAGAGACUCUUGAUGCUGUCUGAAAAGUUCCAGCUCUCGACGAACACACCCAAGCAUCAGGCGAAGAAAGUUAUGGUAACCAACAUAACAAACAUCAUGCCAGUUCUCAAACAAGGAGCAUACGUGCCUCUAACUCAAACAGGCACCAUCUUCGUGAACGGCAUCUUAGCAUCCUGCUACGCAUCAGUCACCCACGACAUAGCCCACGUUGCCCUCGCCCCUGUGAGGUGGUUCCCCUCAUGGAUGACCGAGGAUGGUCAGUACGAAGGAACCAUGCCUUACGUACGACUGAUGAAAUGGUUCGCGCGGAGGUUUCUCCCCACUCGCUACUUGGCACCAAAAGAUUCUUCGGUGGUUGUGGAGCCCUUGGUUGAGGAAAAGGCACUGUUGUCUUGUCCUCCCUAUUUGGACUUGGUUAACAAUGCCUUCCAUACUUUCAUUACUUCCGUGUGAUUUAGUCUUUUAGAUUCUUAAAUGUCUUCAGUGAAUAAUAAUAGAAUAAAUUUUAAAAUGAGUGACAUAAUACUCCACAUACCUGAUAAUCAUUACACAGACUUAAUACAAUUCAUGCUGUAUUUAAUUCAAGAUAAGCACAAUUCAUUUAUUAAUUCUCUUCAGAAGCAAUCAUCUCUGUCAUCAAUUACAUCAUAGGUUUACUGAAGAUGUAAUUCAUAUAUUCAAUAAGAGAAUGUCACUUGUCAAUUUUCAAGCCGAUUAAAUCGAGUAUCAGUUUCUA